CGCCGCCGCCGCCGCCGCCGCUGCUGCUCCAGCGCCGGCCCCGAUCCCGGCCGGGCAUGGAGUACUUCGUGGUCCCCGCGCAGAAGGUGCCCUCGCUGCAGCACUUCAGGAAAUCCGAGAAGGAGGUCAUCGGCGGGCUGUGCAGCCUGGCCAACAUCCCGCUGACUCCGGAAACGCAGAGGGACCAGGAGCGGCGGAUACGCAGGGAGAUUGCCAACAGCAAUGAGCGGCGGCGCAUGCAGAGCAUCAAUGCGGGGUUCCAGUCCCUGAAGACCCUCAUCCCCCACACCGAUGGGGAGAAGCUCAGCAAAGCAGCAAUCCUUCAGCAGACGGCGGAGUACAUUUUUUCUCUGGAGCAGGAGAAGACGCGGCUGCUGCAGCAGAAUGCACAGCUCAAGCGGUUCAUCCAGGAAUUCAGCGGCUCCUCCCCAAAGCGGCGGAGGGCAGAGGACAAGGACGAAGGGAUCGGGUCCCCGGACAUCUGGGAGGACGAGAAGGCUGAGGACCUGCGCCGGGAGAUGAUUGAGCUCCGGCAGCAACUGGACAAGGAGCGCUCAGUCCGGAUGAUGCUGGAGGAGCAGGUGCGCUCUUUGGAGGCCCACUUGUACCCGGAGAAGCUGAAGGUGAUUGCCCAACAGGUGCAGCUCCAGCAGCAGGAACAGCUCCUGCCUGCGCACGGUCCCCCGGCGCCCACCCAGCACCCGACUGUCAUCGUGCCUGCACCGCCUCUGCCUUCCCACCAUGUCACCGUGGUAACCAUGGGCCCGUCCUCGGUGAUUAACACUAUCUCGACAUCCAGGCAGAACCUGGACACAAUCGUUCAGGCAAUUCAGCACAUCGAGGGGACUCAGGAAAAGCAGCUGCUGGAGUCGGAGGAGGAACAGCGCCGGCGUGCGGUCAUUGUGACCCCCGCCCGGGCUGGCCCGGACCCAUCCAACUCGGACACGGCCUCCGACCCGGAGGCAGAGGACAGCGAUUCCGUGGGGCACAGCAAGGCCAAGAUGCCCUGACCCUGCCUGGCAGCGGGAGGGCGAGCAGGGUGGGGGCAAGGGGACUUCAGGAAAUUUGCUGAGAUUUUUACAAAACACCACAACAUUUGGGUCUCUUUUAUGACCUUUCCAUACUGUAUGUGGGACAAGCGCCGGGACAGGAACGAGCUAGAAGUCAGGCUCUUUGGCUCACAGCGGGUGGGGUGCGGGCAGCCAGGCUCCUCCAGGGCUUGCCCCACGUGGGGCGCGGCUUGGAGCAGCGCUCGCUCCCCAACUCGAAGGAUGAAUUUUCUCCGGCCCUAACCCUCUGCUGCGAGUCCUUCGGCGUAGCCUCGCCCUCUUCUGGAGGCCCAGCCUUGGGGCAUGAGGGGCCUGGCUGGGGCCCUCUGAGAGCUCCAGAGAGGGGGCCAGGUGGUGGCGGUGCGCCUGGGGGCUGUCUCUGCCUCGCAGGCCCUCCUUGCAAACCCCUUGGGGCAGGGAGACGGGGGGGGUCUCUCUUCUCAGGGCUGGUUCAGGUUGGGGGCUUUUUUGCGACCCGGGAGGGACACCUGCCCAGCCUUGCCCCAGGGCCGCUCCUCUGCGGUGAUUUUGUUCUCUGAAGCACUUAAGUCCGUUUGUGGGUGGGCCGGAUCUGCGAAGGGCGGUCCUGCUCCAUGACGGUUGCUGCCAGGUUCUGCGCCUCCCAGUCCCCUGCCAAUUCGGACAGAGGCCUUGGCCAGGGUUGUUUCAGGCCGGUUGGUUUCGGUAGGUUCCCCCCAGCCACAGCUGUUCCUUUGUUCUUUCAUAUUUUUUAUAUCGUUUUUUUGUUCUUUUUUUUUUUUUACAAGUUUCAGGUCUUUGUGUUCAUUGAGAUGCUAUUAUAUUUUGUUAAGAAAGUGGGAAAAAUGAGGCUUGUGCCUUUGUAAAGAAACAAAAUAAAGUUUGUACCUUGUUUUUUA